AUGAGAACCCCUCCUCGUACUCUGCCCGGCCGCCGGGGCACCAGCCCUCCUGGCCCUGUUGAGACACCGCCGCCUGGAGGGGAAGGUGCCAACACUGGCCCGGUUACACCGCCGAACAACAGCCCUCCAUUGCCGCCGCCUGGAGGGGGAGGAACCAGCAGUGGCCAGAUUACACCGCCAGACAACAGCCCGCCAGUGCCGCCUCCUGGAGGGGGAGGUACUGGCAGUGGCCCGAUUACACCCCCAAUUCACAGCCCGCCACCGCAAGCAAACGCCCAGGAGAAAGGAGUGCGAAUAGGAAAUGUACCAUUUACCAUGCUUGACAGGAAAUUUGGGAGAAAAGACCAGGACUUGCUUCAACAACUGAUCAAUGAUCUACGUCAUCGGGGCCAAAGGCCAGAGCCUGCAAAAAAGGGGCCCUUUUCACAUCUUCCCCCUUCUCAAAUCAGACAUGUCAAAGGACGCCUCGGGAAUGUAGUCAUGGCCCCAGAUGAAGACUUUGUUGUCAGACUCCUUGAACCCUCUCGUCAUACGGAUGGCCCCCAGUCCGAUGAGUUCUUUGAUAAUUUGUUCACCGAGGCCAAUAAAAUCGUCACCAGCUUUGUUGUUAAUAACUUCGGGGGUUUCGAUAUCAAACCUGACGAGCUUGAGGGGAAGCGGCCUUGGAACGAAAUGAACGCCUCACCUCUCUUCAUAAGUCUGGCGGAAUUGGUUCAGGAUGUUGACCCUGAUGACUCCAAGAGCUGGGACUCGUUGCUCUACGACGAGAGGAAACGAUGCAUGAUGAUAAUGGGCAUGAUCGCACGCAUCUUCGUUGAUAAAGUGUUUAGCCCCCUUUUAUUCGGAUGCACACCAAAUCAAGAUACCAUGCUGAAUGCCCUCGAAACGGAUAUGGCUGAAAAAAACUCGGAUGAUGGAUUUGUGCGCACAAAAACUCGCAGCAGGGCUAUCCGGGAAGUCCUUGACGGCGAGGUACUUCCCGUAAACUUCUACGAUGAAGUAGAGUUGCUCUCACUGAACAUAUUUGGUCUGUUCAACCCCGUUUCCGCCUACCUGGAGAAAUAUAGGAUGAAGCAUAACUUGGAAGUGUCAAUACCAACUCGCGAGGAACAAUUCGCUGCACUAUUUGAUAUGGUCAGUGGCACAGCUUGGCUAUCAAUCUGCCGACGACUUCACCCCGAUCCCAUCAUCCUCCGUAUGUCGGAGCUUGGUGAUGAGUUCAAGGAGGAUUUGCAUGUAGUCGCUAAUUAUGACGAAUACUGCGCGAACAAGGGCAGGGUCUUGAAACUUCAGUACGAUAGACUCGGGCAGGAGAUAGAGAAUGGGCUUCUUAAGCAAAAAGGCGUGAGUGUAGAGGAGUUACCUCCCACUGAGAUUUUGAAGGAUAGGACGUGGCUGGUAAGAACAGUGGUAUGGCCAUCCGUCAACAUCUAUUCGCCUGUAUAUGGAGAUGGAGCAGGUGGUCAAAGUGGUGUUUCAGACUACAGUAUCCAAAAAUGUGAGGUAGCUGCCCAGUGGGUAGUGCCGCGGAACAAUAGGGCGUCAGUCAGUCCUUCUUUACGAGAAUGGGCUAAGUUAACAUGAGGCGGAGUAGGAUGGGAGUCUGUUUACUACUCUAGUGGAUACUGGCAACAGGCUACCGAAGACGGCAUUGGCACCGUGGAGUACGGCGGAAUAUGUUUUAUUGCAGUACAGUCAGAGUAUAAGUGGAGGAGUUUAAAUUUGGAUACUUUCUUUCAUACGUUCAUAAGAUGUGG